CUCUUCCCUGCCAUGAGUGCAAAUGGUGUUGUGCAUCCUGGACAGCCGAUCUCUCAUGAUACCAUACAAAAAUGGAUCAAUGAGUCUACCACUGGCACUGGUAUCCAUGGUAACUUCUCUACUCACUGCUUUCAUCAGGGAGGUACACAACAUUGGUUCAUGUUUGCUCCAGUAGGUCAAUGA